UUUUCUCCGAGUGUGUUUCACUUAUUUACACGUGUUUCGGGAUGGCCUCUACGAAGGAAAAGGCCGCUGCGGCCCCAAAAGUGGCGAAAAAGGCGAAAAAGAUGCAUAAAUUCAACAAUGCCUUGCUGGCCGAUGGCGUGCGUCGUUUUUCUAAGGGAAAGGUGGUGCAACGGAAGAAAAUGUUUGCUCUGAAGAGCCUUAAGAAAGUGCGUGUCGAGAAGCCAAAAGUCGCCAUUACUGUUGUGAAGAAGAUCGGCGGAGCCAAAAACGGUGGCGAACGUAAGGUGCUUUUGAAGAAAAAUAAGAGCUACUUGCCCACCAAAGCCAUCAUCCGCAAGCGUACGGGAAAACGGUGCUUCAGCAACCACAAGCGUAACACCCGCAAGACGUUGAACCGAGGCAAGGUUUUGAUCCUGUUGGCUGGUCGUCAUAAGGGUAAACGUGUUGUCCUGCUGAAGGUUCUCAAGUCGGGACUGCUGCUCGUAACCGGGCCAUUUGCUUUGAACAGCUGCCCGCUCCGACGCAUUUCGCAGAACUACGUUAUUGCCACCAAGACCCGAUUGAACGUGAAGAACAUCAAGGUGCCGAAGCACAUCAACGAUAGCUACUUCCGUCGGGUGGUCAAAAAGAAGAACACCCGCAACGAGCGGGACAUCUUCGCCGAGAAGGAGGAGAAGUACGUCCCAUCGGAACAGCGCAAGGCCGACCAGAAGACCGUAGAUGCCGCAGUGCUGAAGGCUAUCGCUGCUCACAAGGAAUCGAAGGUGAUCCAGCGCUAUCUGAAGUCGAUGUUCUCGUUACGUUCGAACCAAUUCCCCCAUCGUAUGCAGUUCUGAGGCGGUGGAGAUAUUCCGUUUCCAGGAUUAGUGGAACAGAGCUCUGGUCCGCUUUUCUAACCAAUGGAAGAACAUUGUUUUAAGGUUUAUUAUAGAUGGGUCAACAAAACGAAACAGCUGAUGAAUGUAACUUCUAUGCGAAAAAUACAUUUGAAGAUUAUAUCUUUAAAGUAAA